UGCAUCUUCUAGGCUUGGCCGCCAUAAGGCGUGGUUGGUUAUUAUUAUGAGAUGAGAUGUUAGAUAAUUCAAUCUUCCAUUCUUCCUUGUUAUUGUCAAUUGGCGUUAUACUAUUUUGAAUUAUGGGUGUUAAUGAAUGAUAAUUAGAUUGAAUUAAACCAUUAUGGAAAAAUACUUCCUUAUUCUACUGGCUACUUUUGAGCUUUGUGGGACCCAGAUUACCCAAGAAGGCAGCGGCGAAUGGACAUGUCCACAACAUUGGCAUAGAUUUCAAAAUUCUUGCUAUCGUUUUAUCAAAUCACCUCUUCGAAAUAGGAAUGAUGCAAGAAGAAACUGUCAGGCUUAUGUGUCAGAUCUCGUUAGUAUAAACAAUUUGGAGGAGCUCGGUUUUAUUGUGAACCGGCUUAUUCAAGAAGACCCUCAACAUAGACGAUGGUAUAUUGGAGCUCACGAACAGAGCCCUGGGUACUGGGUGAAUGAAGGGGACAGUACCGCACUCACUGACAUGGAUUCUGCUUUCCUCCCCGAGCAGGGCACUCUCACCAAUCAACCCAAACCUCACCUUGCCUUCAGCUAUUCUUACCCUCUACGCAAAUGGGGAGUUGAAAGAGUGACGGGUGAAGAAAUGCUAUUGUACAUAUGUGAAGCUCCUAUCGCCAAUGUCUAUAUGAUGGUAACAGAAGAUCGCACCUUCCAAUAUGGUCUAGAAGUCGAUGAUCCACUCAGAAUUCCAAUGGGACCAUAUUUCAUUAAGCAGCCGGUCAAUGUUGUAUUCGAUCUAUCAAAAAAAGGAACUACAAAUGACAUUUCAUUGAGCUGUCUUGCUGCUGGAUAUCCAACUCCAACAUACGAAUGGUUCAGAGAAGACUAUGAAAACGAUAGGCUAGUUGCAACUCAAAUCGACCCUCUUCAGGAUAAAAGAUACACGGUUAGCGGAGGAUCUCUACUUAUCAAUGAACCAAGACAAGACAAAGACAGAGGCUCAUAUCAUUGCAAAGCCACAAAUAAGUAUGGAACAAUCAUUUCUGAGCUCGCUACACUUUCCUUCGGUUUCAUAGCCGAAUUCAAUAUGAAACGAUCCCCUCAAGAUGGGAAAGAAAACUGGGGAAAGGCGAUAUUCUGUGAUCCGCCUCAGAACUUUCCAGGUGUCAAAUAUUAUUGGGUUCGUGAUUAUUUCCCCAAUUUUGUGGAAGAAGACAAGCGAGUAUUCGUAAGUUAUGACGGUGCCUUGUAUUUCUCAGCAAUUGAGAAUAUUGAUCAAGGAAACUACAGUUGUAUAGUACAAAGCCAAGUAUCUGAUACGGGUAGAAAUGGACCAUUCUUUCCUCUAAGAGUAAAUCCACAUUGUAAAAACCGAAAACCGUUGUUAUUACUUUUUUUUAAUGUUUUUAGUCCUGUUCCGUCAUACAAUUGGACUAGGAAAGGAGCUCCGUUGCCUCGUAAUGCUGUACUCAGCAACUACAACCGGGUUCUGACACUGCCACAUGUUCAGGUCGAAGAUCAAGGAGAAUAUGUUUGCCGUGUCUAUAAUGAUAGAGCUGCUGAUGAGAAGAGCGUUGUACUUAGCAUCAAAGCCGAGCCGAAUUUCACGAUUCCUCUAACGGAUAAACAUAUGGAUAAUAAAGGUGAACUAACGUGGACCUGUGAGGCAUUUGGAAUUCCUGAUGUCGAUUAUACGUGGUUCAGAAACGGCAAGCCAUUGACUCUGGAAUCCUUACCUCCUGACGAAAGGGGUCGCUAUUUAAUUCAGGACAAUGUCUUGACCAUCAAAAACCUAAAUCCAGAAAUAGAUCCAGCCAUGUACCAAUGUCGUGCCAGCAACAUUCUCAAGAUGAAAUAUUCCUCCGCUCAACUUAGAGUUCUUUCUGUCCAACCGUCGUUCAAAAAGAGACCUCUUGAAGCUGAAACGUACGCUGCUGAGGGAGGAAAUAUAACAAUGAUUUGUAAUCCAGAAGCGGCUCCAAGACCCAAGUUUGUUUGGAAGAAAGAUGAUGCUACUCUGGGAUCAACUGGCCGAAGAAGAAUACUAGAAAAUGGUAAUCUCAUAAUAAGCCCGGUGUCUCGUGAUGAUGAAGGAAUGUAUACAUGCAUAGCCUCCAACCAGUAUGGACAAGACCAAAGCCAAGGACGUCUCAUUGUUUUACGUGGUCCUACUCUGGUUGAAUGGAUGGAGUCUAAGAUUACUACUGCAGUUCAGAGGGAUGUGGUACUGAGAUGUCAAGCAGCUUCUGAAGAAGUUCUAGACCUUGCUUACAUGUGGACACACAAUGGAUUACGCAUUUCAAACAACGAAUUCAAGAAAACAAGAGUAAGAAACGAUGGUGGUACUUUGGAAAUUCAUAAUGUAACGUUAGCCGAAGCUGGUGAUUAUGAGUGUAUUGUGAAGAGUGCCGUUGGUCGCAUAUCCAUGAAGACCAGUGUUACUGUCGAAGGACCUCCUGGACCUCCAGGUGGUGUCCAAGUGGAUGUGAUGAAGACGUCUGCCAUGCUGCAAUGGACCGAUGGGGCUUCCAAUGGCCGACCGAUCACACAUUACACUGUCUCAUGCAGAACCAACUGGAACUCAAGCUGGUUCAAUGUUGCUGAAAAUAUCACAGCUAAUGAAAUCAGCCGCUACAAUGGACGUAAAGAGGCAACGAUUGAAAAUGUUCUAUCGCCGUGGUCCACUUACGAGUUCCGAGUCAUAGCUGCUAAUAUGUUGGGAUAUGGAAUUCCUUCAGCGCCAUCUCCCAGCUAUAAUACUCCACCUGAUAAGCCCUACGUUGCACCAACUAACAUAGGAGGCGGCGGAGGCAAAAUUGGCGAUCUUACAAUCACUUGGAAAACAUUGGACAGAAAACAUCAAAAUGGACCUGGUAUUUACUACAAGGUUUUCUGGAGGCUGUCUGGUCAUGAGACCGAAUUUCAGAGCCUUGACUUGAAAAGUUACGGUAAUGUUGGUGUGACUGUUGUAAGGAUAGAACUUCAGAACUACUACACCAAAUAUGAUGUCAAAGUUCAGGCUGCGAACAGUAUUGGAAUGGGACCCGAGUCGCAGAUUGAGACGAUUUACAGCGCUGAAGACAUGCCACAGGUGGCGCCUCAACAGGUGUCAGCUCGCUCCUUCAACUCCACCUCGCUCAAUGUCAGCUGGGUGCCAAUCGACAUGAGUCGCGAGAGAAUCAGAGGAAAGCUAAUUGGACAUAGGUUGAAAUACUGGAAAAAAGAUACAAAAGAAGAGGAUUCGGUGUACUACCUGAGUCGCAGUACCAGACCGUGGGCUCUGAUUGUUGGUCUGCAGCCCAAUAUCUACUACUUUGUGAAAGUGAUGGCGUACAAUGCGGCCGGUGAAGGACCCGAAAGUGAACGUUUUCUGGAGAAAACAUUCCGAAAAGCGCCUCAAAAACCGCCUACUUCUGUGCAUGCCUACUAUGUCAAUCCAACCACUGUCAGAGUAGUCUGGCGAUACGUAACCGCCACUCUUGAGGAAGAACCUGUCAUUGGCUACAAGAUACGAGUUUGGGAAGUCGAUCAAGAUAUGAGCAGAGCCAACGAUACUUAUGUCCCAGUCGGAUCUAAAUUGGAAGCUUAUGUUUCGAAUCUUUCCGUUGGAAAAGCAUAUCUGAUGAGAGUUUUGGCUUAUUCGAACGGAGGAGAUGGAAGGAUGUCUUCCCCUCCGCUCAGAUUCCAAAUGGGAUCGUUCAACAAAAACUCAGCUGAAUCGACCAUCUCAGAAAUUUUCACCAUUUUAGUAUCAUCAUUCAUGCUUAUUUAUAUGUCCUAGAAAUCAAAUACUAAGACGAUCAAAGAUAACUUUGUAAAGUUUGACUGUACUGUAAAUAAAAUUGUUGUCAAUUCAAUAUAGAUUUAACAUAAUAUGACCUUAAUGAAACUUGCCUUUACUGAUCAUAAGGCCUUAUAUUGUGUGAAUCGCUAAUAGCCAUGAUAAUACAACAAUAAUAAUGUUGUAGUAAAAUUACAUCUAUUAGUUUUUAUCACGCAUACUGAAUACUCUUUCGAUAUCAACUUAUUAGGAUUUUUUAAAUAAACUUUUAGAGUACACUUCAAUAAUAAUAAUACAGUGGCGGCGGCUCGUGGUGCAAACUUGAGGGGGCUCAGGGAGUAUUUUGGCAAAACCCCCCUUAAUCCAAGAAUAUAAUUUUGUAACUUGUUCGACUAAAAUGCAGUUUACAAAUGAGCUACCCUUUAAAUAGUAUUAAUUUUGGACUAUUUUAUUUUGAGUUUUGAAUAAAAUAAUAACUUUAUUCUUAAACAAGCAGGUGCCCUCUGCUCCGCAAGGGUCUAAAUCAAAAACUUGACCUGCUAUAAUUUUAAAGAAUUCAAAAUAGGCCAAUAACCAUCCUCAGUAAAUUAAGAAUCAAUAUGCAAAAUUUCAAGUUAAUCAGUUGAGUAGUUCAGACGUGAUGAUGCGUCAUUUGUGAAUUUCCUAUCCUGUAGAGGUACAAGCCAGUUCUUUCUUUAUAUUACUAGGAGGUAACCCGUGCUUCGCACCAGGAAACAUUUGGUGCUAUUAAAAUUUGGUAAAAUAAUAAAUCUCCUUGUGUCCAGGAAACAUAAACAAUAGAAUAAUAAAUUAUUUAUUUUUAAUUACGGGGUUAAUUUUUAUGAGAGUUGGAAAUUUCCAGCAAAAAAUAUAGUUUUAUAGGUCUCGAUCCCGCAACCUUUGAUUCAUGAACUAAGCUAUGGAGUCACAUGGAGUAUGCCCUGUUUGUUUGGGCUUUAUAGUUGCGUAAUCUUUGAAUCACAGAUUGAAAGAAUUUUUUUUAAUUAUUAAUUAUUUGUUUUAAUAAAACAAAUUAAUCAAUUAUUGAUUAAUAACAAUGGAAAUAGGCAUUUGACCAUCAGAAUCUAUAUGUAAAAUAAUUUUUACAGAAUUGUAAAGAAUUACUAAUUUAAUUCUAUCCUUUCAAAUACUGAAAAUAAUUUUAAAUAUGGAUUUAGUAAUGGAGUCCAAAUGGACGAGCCGCCACUGUAAUAAUAUCAAACAACAAAAUAAAUUACAACAGGUUUUAACUUUCUACGAUUAUUUUAUUAAUCAAAAAAUUAUACACAAUCGUUUAUUAUAGUAUGCAUACUGAUUUUAGUUAAUGCUCGAAAAUAACAUAUCCAAUCAUUAUACAGAAAUUAGAUCUCAGAUACUUUCAUAAUAAUCAUUCAACUUUGAUAGCUAGUUUAUUAUGUCUAUAUUAGUUGAAGUUCGUCUAUAAAAAAUUAUUUAUGUAUUCCAUAUACAUAAUAUUCAAUGUAUUGAAUGAUUCAGCUACAUAGUUCAAAUAUUUCUUUCACUAUUUUGAAACUAUUGAUGAAACGUUAGUUGUUUCAAAAGUAUCCAUAUAUUAUUAAAACAAUCUAUGUAUUAUUUAAAAUCACCGUAUUUUUAUCAUGUUUUGUGCACGUUUUCUAUAUUUUAUGUACGUUUUAAUUUACUAUAAGUUAUGUUGCCUCAUUCAUUACAAACAGUGCAAUGAAAAAAUCCUAUUGAAAUCACAAUAAUUCUUCGUGCUCUCUAUAAAGGAUGUUAUACUUGUUCACAUACGGUAUCACUGACAUUUUUGAAUAUGGUUGAUAUUCAUAAAUCCUGAUAAUAGAAAUAACUCUUAUAAAGAAUGAAUUUCAGUUUUCUUACAUUUAAACAUCAGGUUUUAAGCUUGUUGUUCUAUACGUUUGUCAAUUUUAAUGCUGGCUAGAAGUGACAAUGUAGUAUUUCCCUUGCGCUUAAAAUCAAAUAAGAUUUCUUUUUUUUUUCAAAGUUAUUUAUUUAUUUCUACUUGGAUACAUAGAUCUUAUUUAAAAAAGACUAUCCAUUUCUGCACAGUAGCCUAAAUAAUUUUAUUCUAGUAUACACUAAUUGCUGAAUUGCUAACAAAAAGUGCUCUUCAUAGAAUUAUUGAUUUUCAACUGUUGAAAUUUCUUGUAAUGCGAAGUGCCUUCAAAUAUAAAUUAUUAUCAAAGUAAAGAGGAAAUUUAGAGAAAUGUAUAUAUUUAUCUGUUACAUCAUAUACAAUACUACUAUAGAGUUUUGUCCAUAUUCGAAGCGCUUGAGAACGAAGGAUCGAGUUUUUGUUUUCGGUUUUAUUGACCGUUGCAGAUAGAGUGGCUGGUGGAGGGAGGUUUAGGUGGACAACAGCAAAAGUUUGGCUACCUGCUUGACAAUGGCUGGUUGUUCCUUCGAAAUUCUAUUCCAAUCCUUGGGCUGCUUUUUUGAAUCGGAAAGUUAUUCAUCGAAGUAAGAUAGUCAGACGCGUCUCAGACACCCUUUAAGAGAAGACCAAUACCAAUAUUCAGUGGAGCAACCGAUGAAGUUGAAACUUCCCGAUUCAAGAAGCAGCCCAAGGAAUCUCGAAAGGACAUCUAUCCAUUGUCCAGUGGUUCGUAGCUAACACAUUUCCUGGUCUCCACCUCCCCUCCAUUCCACCACUUUCAGCUAUCUGAAAACGAUUAAUAAGAAACGAAAACUUCUAUAAUAUAAUAACUUAUAUGUUCAGUCUUUGCAUUCAACCUCACGCACAAAUAAAUAUGAUUUUUGGUUAGUUCAUGUUUCUAUUGUAUCUUUUUCACAAUUAGCUAGGCUUGUAAGACUUGAUUUCUGUGUUAGUAUCCGUCCAAUUCGUCAUUUUAAUUAUUUCUAUCUUUUAACUAUUUUAACUAUUAAUUUGCGCAAUGUUUUACUUGAAGGAUGGCAAGACUUGACUUGUAUUCAUACAAAAUGUACUACAUACUUAUUUUUAGUUGUUAACAUUCACGAAUCUCUUGACAAAUACUUGAUUACGAGUAUUAUACUUUGUAACUGUGCCGUCCAUUGGGUUUUUCUAGAUAUGUAGUGUUAUUUUUGUACAAUUGUUUAUUGAGGCAAAUUAAAGAAUGUAUUGUUCUGUAUAAUAA